ACAACUGACAGGCUCAGGAGGGAGAAAUUAGACCCAAGGUCCCAAAGGGAAUGAGGGGUUGAGCAAUUUCCUGGAACCUAAGCGUGCAAGAGUCUGAACACCAGAUCUGAAGGAGGCCGGUGACUGGAGGCCCGGACUUCUCAUUCUGAGGAGGGGGCUGGGGGCUGGGAAUCCUGCGUCUGGAGAAAUUAUGAUCAGAUCUCUAGAGAGUCAAGUCCAAUUCCCGGGUCUUUGCUUUCUUGAAUGGCUCUCACGCCGGGACUCAGAGCCGGAGGAAGCUUUGCACCCGCCCAUGGAGAAGCCAGGUUAACAGGUUCUGCAUCCCCGCGGGAGGACGCGACAGGGGGCGGAAGCCGCUGGGGCGUGGCCGGACUCGGCGCAUCCAGGUACACUGGGCGGAUGGAGAACCUAGAAACUGGAGGGGAAGAGGUCGAAGCGCCGGGUCCAGCGUUGCAGCUGGGCGCUAGAUCUCCGUGUCCACGGAAGGAUGGGCUGCUAGGAGGCCAGGUGGGCUGCCCCGGGCUGGCCGAUGUCAGGCAGGAGGGGGGCUGGGGCGCGGGUCUCCUGGUCCUGGGAGGGCACAGGGCGGGGGCUGCUGCCCUAGACCGGGGAGCCGGGGCUCAGCGCCAGGGAAGGGGCGGGGCUCCGCCUCCGAGCUACCUGCCGGCCGGGGAGGGGCGGAGGCUGUGAUCCUCCGGACCGCGUCCCCGCUCCUACCUCCCCUUCCCGAGCCCUCGCAGCCAGUCGGGGGAGGCGGCGUGGAGGGGGAGGGCUGUCGGGCCUGGGAACCUGGAGUCCAGGGUUCCGGGGGCCGCCGGAUGUGGGCUGCACUUGGGGCCGGAACGCUCCGUUCACGCCAAGCUGACUGUGGAGCUCAGGAGUCUCCUCCACCCCGACCCCCAACUCCUGCUCCUCCAGGAAACAAGAUCCCCCAUCCAGGCCUGGACCUCCAGCCUCUCAUGUUCUACUUGGCCUGUUGCUUCCUGCCACCUCCGUGGUGCACUCCGCCCGUCACACACAGGUUCACUGAGAAAGGAGUUGGGGCAAUACUGUCCAACGUCAGUGGACCUUACUGCCUGGGAGAGUGAAAUUCCAAGAUGUGAGGACAAGGUGCCAUGUGGGCACCCAGGCUCCGUCACCUCUGUCUGACCUUCCUGCUAGCCUGUGUUUUUGCCUCAGUCUUCUUCCUCCACAUCCACCAAGACCUCUUUCACAAUGGCUUAGGCCUGUCUGCCCUAUGUCCAGACCGUAACCCAGUGACAUCCCCUGUGGCCAUCAUCUGCCUGUCGGACACACCCAUAAACCCCAAGGCCUCUUUUUCCUGUCCCAAGCAUCCUGCUUCCCUCUCAGGAACCUGGACUAUCUACCCAAACGGCCGGCUUGGGAACCAGAUGGGGCAGUACGCCACGCUGCUGGCCCUGGCCCAGCUCAACGGCCGCCAGGCCUUCAUCCAGCCUGCCAUGCACGCCACCCUGGCCCCCGUGUUCCGCAUCACCCUGCCCGUGCUGGCGCCUGAGGUGAACGGCCGCACGCCUUGGCGGGAGCUGGAGCUUCACGACUGGAUGUCGGAGGAGUACGCCCAAUUGAAGGAGCCCUGGCUGAGGCUCAUCGGUUUCCCCUGCUCCUGGACUUUCUUCCAUCAUCUCCGGGAACAGAUCCGCAGCGAGUUCACCCUGCACGACCACCUUCGGCGAGAGGCCCAGAGUUUACUGAGUCAGUUCCGGCUCAGCCGCACAGGGGACCGCCCGAGCACCUUCGUGGGUGUCCACGUGCGCCGUGGGGACUACCUGCAGGUGAUGCCCUAUCAAUGGAAGGGUGUAGUGGGUGAUCGCGCUUACCUCCAGCAGGCUAUGGACUGGUUCCGGGCCCGGCAUGAAGCCCCGAUCUUUGUGGUCACCAGCAACGGCAUGGAGUGGUGCCGGGAAAACAUCGACACCUCCCGGGGGGAUGUGAUCUUCGCUGGCGAUGGGCAAGAGCGUACCCCCGGCAAGGACUUCGCGCUGCUCACACAGUGCAACCACACCAUCAUGACCAUUGGCACCUUUGGCUUCUGGGCCGCCUACCUGGCUGGUGGAAACACCGUCUACCUGGCCAACUUUACCCUGCCUAACUCCAGCUUCCUAAAUAUCUUUAAACCCGAGGCCGCCUUCCUGCCUGAGUGGGUGGGCAUUAAUGCAGACUUGACUCCGCUCCAGAUGUUGGCUGAGCAUUGAGCAGCAAGGAGACUUUCUGAAAUAGUCUGAUCAACCUAGGGCCAGUGUUAUGUAUCUCUGGAAGCCCAGCAGCUUCUGGAGAAGCUGGUGGUCCUGCAGCUGGUGGACACCCAUUUCUAGAGUGAUUCUAGUUGGCUAGACUUGGAGAAAAAGGGGGGCUGGCUUUCUGCAACUGCCAGAACAUUCUAGAAUCAAUGGAAGAUCUUUUCAUGAUGGCUGGCAAUGUCUGCAGAAGCUCAUGACAGUUCUAGAAUGCACAGUGCCCACCUGUUCUUCCCAGCCCAUAUCCAGAGUACUUCUAGAUCACUGCCCCACCAGGAACAGGGAACUCCCUGUUCCAGCAUUGACCAUCCUGGUCUUUUUGAGAAGAGAUAUUUCUCUUCCCUGGGUCAUCAGGACAGAAGGAACUCAUGGGUGUGCUACAGCAAGCACUCACCAACUCCCCUUCUGUGUUUCUGGAAUGAUUCUAGAGGAGGGAUUUUUUUUCUGGAGAGGAUCAGCUCUAAUGCCUGUAAAGAACCCUGUGGGGACCUUCCAGAGGGGCUGGGAUUCUGGAAUUCCAGAUUACCUCGGCAAAGAAACUAACAAAGGUAAAACCAGCAGCCCAACACCUCACCACUGCUAGAAAGGUUGAUGGAUGACAAACUCUCUGUAGCUGGGGCAGUUUGUGUGAAAAGUGGAACUUUACCCAACAUUUCAGCCCCUGAAAAACCACAGAUAUGGUAAAACAUGGGAGGGGUGGGGGAAGGGAUGCUGCUGAAUGCUGCAGCUUAUGGAGCAAGGCUCUGCAGAGAUCUAGGGACACCUUUUUUUUUUUUAAGCUCAAAACUACCAAAGGUAGACAUGCAAAUCUUGGCUCCAAGUUCAUGUUGCUUUACCCAAUUAAGGAAGUUUCCUCCUCUGCAGCUGGGCUGCUGGGGAGUGAUGGUGUAACAGGGAAGAACAAAAUCUGAUUCCAUGAUCUGUUUCUUUUAUGUUAACUUUUGCUUUCCCUUGCUUUUGUUACUAUAAUCACUAAAAUGAUGCUAUCUAUAGCUAUAAGCAUACAUAAUGGUCUGCACGGGGAACCCUGCCCCUCUGCCUGAAUGUUAAACCAAAGUGCCUUUGUUCAGCUCACAGGGAAACAUCCUGCACGCCCACCCAUGAAGGACUGCAAGAAAGAAGAAAUUAACACACCCCCUCCCCGAUGCUGGCCAAGCCAGGAGAUGUUUUGCAAGACGUAACGGCCUUUUUACUUUACUUCCUCACCUCCUCCCCCUCUCUGUUCUAUAAAAGAAACUAGCAUCCAGGCCCCAUAAGAUGGUACUCUAGGACACUAGUCUGCCCUCUUCUCUAACACCUGGCUUUCUGAAUAAAGUCACUGUUCCUUGCCUCAACA